AUGUCCAACCGCCCAGCAAUCAGUCGUCGCUCAGUACAUGCGAUCAAUGUCGUGCGCGAAAAAUCGGCUGCGACAGAGGAACGCCAUGUUCCAACUGCUUAUCUGCAAGAGUGGACUGCACCCACAGCACAGUCGCCCCUAAGCCAGCAUCUGCAAGGCAAAGGUGAACGGAAAAUUGACAGCAUCUCUCAAGAUGUCGACAGCAUCAAAUCGUUGUUAGCGGAGCUUGUUGCAACAACCCAGCCAUCCCCGAAACAUCCUUCCACUCCUGGAAAACAGUUCACUGCAGGGGUAGCUUCCGCUGCUUCACCCCCAAGCUGGGACUGUUCCGAACACAUUGUUUCAUUCGUCAAGUCCGUUGCUCAAGACAGCAGCCUGGCCCAGGCGAACCCUAAAUGGGAAGAGACUAUCUCUUCGUUGAAGAGCCUUGCUAACGCCCUAGAGUAUUCUCAUCCUACGCCAGGUCUAGCUUCGACGAGGCCUGAACUUGAUGAGCAUCUAGAUGACCUACCGACACCUCCAUUGGAGGCGAUUUCAAACAUUCUGCGGUGGGCAAAAGCUCACGCCACCGAUUUCCGAAUCAAAUGGAUUUGCAACAUUCUUCCACUAGCUCAUUUUCAACAAAUAUCUACUAAAGUGCAUUUCGGUGUCGAUGAUUACUCUGAAGCGGAGUCAAUCAUCGCAAGCAGCUUUCUCUCAUACGUCUUUGCAGAAUAUGCUGUCGUCUAUGGUGAUGCGAAACAUCGAGAAUACUGUCAGUUCUUCCGAUCUAGUCUGGGCCAAGCUCUGUCAAAGCUGCCGCUCCUAUUGACGGCAUCGUUGGAAGUUGUGGCUGCAUUGACUUUGGGGGCUUUAUAUAUGGUGGAGGAGAACAGGGCCACACAAUCCUGGAUCCUGAUUUCAACUGCCAUGACACUCUGUCAGACCCUGUGCUAUCAUCGGCUGGAUAUGUUUCAAGGUAACAACAAUAACGAAGUACAAGCACGAUUGUUCUGGGCUGUGUAUACCUACGAGAGAGGACUUUCGUUAAGGCUAGGGCAUUGUUCUGGUAUCAUGGACUCUCAGAUCACCUUACCAAUUGAGCCAGAUGAACACCGAGCCAUUCGCCAUGGGCGGAUACAAGGAAAGGUCUACGACCAGCUCUACAGACCAAAAGCUUCAUCUACAGCAACACAAACGCGGGUCGAGGCUGUUAAUACCCUCGCGCAUGAGCUACAGUUAAUAAUAGAUGAAACACAAGUUGACAUCUCGGACGCUUUAAACCAGGAUAGCAGUAUUGAGGGGGACCCCAUGAAGGUUAUCUAUCUACACUGUGACUUGGUCUGCCAAUCAUCUAUACUGUCUAUGAUACUGAGGGCGGUGCCUGGUAUUCAAGAUGCGAACGUUCAUGACAGAUAUGUAACUGUUGCGCGCAACACUCUAGACUUGCAUGAUCAGUGCAUGAGGCUUGUCAAAGGCUGUCGUGACCCUUUAUUGGUGAGGAGGUAUAUCAGCUGGGCGAUUUUAUAUACACCUUUCUUUCCCUUCAGUAUUAUCUUUUCCAACGCCAUACAACACUCGGAUACAGAUGAUCUAGAUCGUCUAGAUAGGUUCGCUGCCUCCUUCAAAUCGGAGACUGCCGACUCAGAUCCAACUACUCACCCAUAUCGAGUGUACGAGCUGCUCAGCCAGACCGCUCGGCUGUGCAUUGAAUCUGGCACCCGUCCUUCACACAAUAAUAGAACUUCACCAACCCCAAGUGAUUUGCCAAUGGUUGACGACGUUGUUGCAAAUCUUGCAGAAGUCUCGGGUGUGGGAAUUCCGGCUUGUGACGAUGAUUACAAUUCUGGCUUCAACGUCGGGGAGUGGUUCCAAAAUAACCAGCAAUUCAUGUGGCUGCUCCAUGAAAAUAUUCCAUACUAA